CUAUAAUUUGUGGACAGACAAUGCAUGGGUUUUUCAUAGGCAUAUUUCUUGAAGAGUCCAGGACAAGAGAGGGCGAAAAUCCCCAGUGAUAAAUUUAGGAGAUGACGGAGGAAAACCCGAUCAUCAUCCCCAAAAACCCGGGUGUUCGCUUCCGGUUACCCUCAUAAGCCGGAGAGGUUUUUUUAACUUUUAUCAUCCUUGGUUUUCAAGAAAAGCCCACACAACUACUUUGAUUGUCAUUAUUCACCUCCCAUGCAUGCAUAGACCCAACCACAUUGCAUCAUCUGCCAGUUAUUAUCUUCUUGGAUAACACUGGAAAAUUUGAUCAUUCUCACUUCCUUUAAAUGUAAUCCUAGUCGGUCACCGCUUUUUGCAGGCAAAAAAAUUUGUUAACUUUCUUGUAUUGAAAAAGUGGGAAAGAAAAGAAAAAAAAAAAAAACAAAUUAUGGCAGCUUUCAUUACCUUGUUCCUUUUCUUUGUUCAAUUCCUCUGUUUUCAACUUUCAUUUUCAGGGGUUUUAUCCCCGGUGAAGCAUGAUCAUAUCACUCGUCGAUUCGAGCUGACAGUUCACAUGAAAUCCCCACUCCAGCCCACAAAUUUACUUCUCGAUCUGAGUGCUCCCCUUAGCUGGAUCGAUUGCACCGCAAAUGACACCUCAAUCCCCUGCAAUUCCCUCCUCUGCAACACCCUCACCACCACAACUUCAUGUUCCGACGGCUGUUCCCGCCCGGCGGCCGGUCCUUCCUGCGCCAACGCCUCAUGUCACGUCAUCUUAGCGAGCCCGAGGCGCCGGAGAGGCGUAAUGGUGAAAGCGUUAGUCGAAAAGCUCGGGUUACCCGCAACCGAUGGCCGCAACCCGGGUCAAAUCAGGGUAAUCCCUGAAUUCGUGUUGUCCUGCUCUAAGCGGUCUGCGGUCAGGGGAAUAGUUCCCAAACGAGUCACCGGUUUAGCAGCUCUCGGCCGGUCAAAUUUCUCCCUUCCGGCGCAGUUCGGCGCCGGCUCCGGCUCUCCUAACGUGUUUGCACUCUGCCUAUCCAGUUCGCCUUCGGCUCCCGGAGUUGCAUUUUUCGGGUCACCCGGACCGUACAAUUUUUUCCCGGAAGGAGACCUUUCUCGACAUCUAAAUUACACUCCUCUUCUUCCUAAUCCGAGAAACCCCACACACAAACCAUCUACCGAGUACUUUAUCGGGUUGAAUUCUAUUAAAGUCAAUGGGAAGACAGUAGUACAACUGAAUCGGAGCCGGGCGGGUUUUGGUGUGGCCAAAUUCAGUUUAGGAGCCCCGUAUACUGUGGUAGAGUCUUCAAUUUACAAGCUUUUGACCGAGGCUUUUGUAAACGAAACUAAUGCCCUGAAAUUCACCGUGACGGAGCCGGUGAAACCAUUUACCGUGUGUUAUGAUGAGGCUGAUGUUUGGCAUACGAAAACCGGCCCGGCGGCUCCGGUCAUUGAUUUGGUCACGCAUGGUGAGGAGAAGCUUUGGAGGAUUUUCGGACACAAUUCGAUGGUGAGAAUUCCGAGGAGUAGAGAAGGGUUGGAGUUGUGGUGUUUGGGUUUUGUGGAUGGUGGGGUCAAACCGCGGUGGCCGGUGGUGAUCGGGUGGCAUCAGAUGGUGGAUAAUUUACUGCAGUUUGAUCUGGAAUCUGAGAGGCUAGGAUUUACUUCUUCGGUUAUGGUCCACAACACAAUGUGUGCCAAUUUCAACUUUACUGUCAAUAGUGGCUUGACUCAAAGCUUAGUGAAGUAGUGAUGUUAAUGUGUGCGUUAGCUAGAUUGUUGCAGCAACUAGUAGUAACUGUGUUUUUUCUCUACCAAGGAAAGCAAACUGUGAAAUGAGGUUAUCAUUACGUUAAACUAAGUUUUAGUUAAACCCCUAUAUUGCUAAAUUUGCCAAAGAUGAGGAAAUAAUAAAUGUGAUCGAAUUGUCCGCUCAAAUUCGAAUUAGUCCUGUCCUGGCUGGUAUAAUGUUGUACCAAAAGGUUUGUUUAUCUCUUGC